AUGGAUGCAGCAUUCCAAGGCAACAACCUCAAACCGGGUACAAAAUCCUAUGAUCGUGCGAACAACUUGUACGCCUCGUCAACGUAUGAAGAUGAGCAUGACAUGAAACCUGGGGAGAUCUUGCAGCCGACAAGCAUCGAAGAUAUCCAGAAUGUUAUCAAGUAUGCGAAUGCGACUAAGAAGCCUAUUGCCAUCAGGACAGGAGGCCACCAAUACAGCGGAGCAUGUUCCACGGGCCAAGAUGGUAUCCAAUUGGACCUGAAACCAACCUUCCGACGACCCAAUCUGGAUCUGAACCUGACCUUCAAGGACGACAAGGCAUAUAUCCGAUCGAGUGUCAGCUGGACGCUGGCCGAAAUCUUCGACUUCUUGCAAGACAACGGCGUCUUCAUGCCCACAGGCCAAUGUAUCAACGUGUGCCUCGGAGGCCAUGUCCAAACCGGCGGAUAUGGAAUGCUUGCUCGAUCCUUUGGACUUCUCGGAGAUUAUGUGCGCGAGCUUGAGAUUGUCGACCACAACGCCAACGUCAUCAAAAUCACCAGGGAAAACAAUCCGGACCUGUUUUUCGGGUUCCUCGGCGGCAGUCCUGGGAACAUGGGAGUGCUGACGCACUUUACCGUUGAGGUCCAACAGGACAAGGACUUCCAAGGCUCCAGGGGGCUUUGGAAGGCCUUUCUGUUCUCGCAAGAAAAUCUGAAGCCGUUGCUCAGCCUCUUGGUGCAGAAGGCCGCAGAUCCGAACUUCCCACGGAGCUACGACUUCACGGUCAAUGUCGUCGACAAGGAAAUCAACCUUGCCAGCAUAUUUCCCGGCUCCGCAUCUGAACUCAAGGAUAAAUUGCCCGACGACAUAGACAACGGCCAGGACAAAAUAGCCGACCUUUUCAAAUUCAAGCUGCCAUUGAUUGUUGUUUACGCUCAGUGGGUCAAUUUCGGGGACGAGCCGUACUCACCAGAUCUUUUCAACCGGAUCAAGAACGCCAAGGGGGGCAUAGUCACCAAGGACAUCGAUGGCCAAGCCAUGUCGACAAUCGCGUCGUCGUGGCUGUUCCGAUCCGCUCGCGAAUUCCCAUACCCUUACAUCAAGCGGACCAAAACCACCAACUGGGCAGAUCUGUCCUCCAAGGGAUGGGUCGAUUGGUUUGCCGGACGUCUGACUGAGGCGAUCAAUACCAAAGGCCUGUAUGUAUCAUCUCAAUUGCAGGUGUAUGGAGGAACAAAGUCCAUGUUUAGCAAAAACGCGGGCAACGGGACGGCUUAUACCUUCCGGGAUGCGACCCUCGGAGGGACAUGGGACAUCUUUUACGAUAAACAAAAGGAUGCGGCGCAAAAAUGGCAGUGCGAUACCGACAAAGGGUUACCUCAGCAUUUCAGCGAUGUUGACCGACGUGUUCUUUGGGGCUCGUAUGGCGAUUGGACCAUGAAGAAUGUCUGGAAGUAUUAUUACGAUGAGCAAACUUACAAGAAGCUGCAGCAGAUCAGAAAGGCAGCCGACCCUCAAGGGAUCUUCACUCCCAACCCGUUUUGCGUCGAGGCAGCGAAGUAA